CAUCUUCGUAGUCGUCGUCGCCGUCCCACUCUUUAUCGCCGUCGCCGCCGCGGUUAGCGGAGUCGAGAAGAUUUUUUUUAUUAUUUUCGUGGUCCGCGUUCACCGCUCUUACACACAUUACACGCGCGUCAGCUAACGCACAAACACGCGCGCGCGCACCGCUCACCGGCCAGCUGCUAUAGAUCGCUCGAUCGCUCGCCGCCGCCCUCGAACUCUAGAUCGUCGUCGUCGUCGUAUAAGACCACGGUACUCGCACGCGACAUGCCCACACGGCCGAUCGCCUGCACCGCCGACUGUCACCAAACGCAACUGUACCGUCGUCUCUGAGUCGACCGCAAUAAUAAUACUAAAUUAUAUUAUAAUUUAAUAUUUAUUAUUAUAAAUAUAGAGGUCUGCCUGUCGCCGCUGAAUCUAAUAAGAGGCACAAAUUAUAAUUUUUAUUAUUUAAACUACAAACGAAACGCGGCGGUACAUCAACCAAACGACUGCAGCAACACGGGCGCGGGUCUCGCAUAGACAACUGGGUCACGUCCACAAUAAAAAUCGUCUAUACAUAUUAACGUCGUUCUGCGUCCGCGUUAACCGUCACGUAACGCCCGAAAACGUUAAUUGCGACCGUUCGCGGUGGUAUAUUUUCCGUUUUUCGACGCGAGCGCGCGCACACCAACGGCCGCGGGGACCACUGUAUUAGCUGCAACCGUCGUCACCGCGCGAGAUUCGGACCCGGCUCAUCACCGAUGACAACGGUUUGACGUCACCCGAUCAAAUAAUUCAUUCACACAACGCGUCCACGUCCGUACAAAAUAUGAUAUCCAAAGGUUCGUCAAAGACCAGGGUGCCGGACGGUUCCCCCACCCGGUCGACGGGCGGUGACGUGAACAACAACGGUCCCACCAAGUGUAUGAACGGUGCGUGCGGGGGCUACGGUCCGUCAUCAGCAGGUGGCGGUGGAGGUGCCGGCGACAGUCCAGCCGCCCAACCUCGACGAGUCCAGGUCACCGCCAAAAUACUGUUCGGCUCGGUGAACGCCAUAUCGACGAUGAAGCAGAACGACAAGCUGCACAGGAAAAAAUCGCAAUGACCAUCGUGUGCGCCGGUACAGCAACAGCGACGACGACGACGACCUGCGCACCGUCCGCCGCCACAGCCGCCGACUUGGGCCCAACAACGGAGGCAGCACCCCAGCGGCCCGCUACGCGGUUUCCGGCGGCGGGGCGAGAACGAGGU